AUGCACCAACGCAACUUGUUGGUGUUCCUGGUAGUUGCCUUUGCAGCGUGCGUCGCAGUCGCUGAAGAGACCACCAAGGGUAAUAACGUUAACACCGCGUCGGAGGCUGAGGCGCGGGACCGCACCAACGCUCGUCGCUAUCUCAAGUCUACAGUCGAGUCAUUCGACCCAGCAAACGAAGAGAGGCUGAGCUUCAAGCUACCUGGUUUCAGCAAUAUCAAGUCAUUUUUCUCGAAAAGUACAACCGCUGGAGCUGGAAUGAAAAACAGCCCGGAACUCGCCACAGCGCUCAAGAAUCCGAACGUCAACAAGGCGUUUACGGAAGUGGCCAAGCAGCCAGGGUUUUUUCAGAGUCUCAAGAGCAACGUGAAGCUAAACAGACUUGCGGGAGUGCUACGAAGAAGACCAACAGAGUUUUCCUCGAGACAAGUCACGAAUGUCGGACAUCUCGCAGUACUACGAGUUCGUCGGGAGCAUGGGCAAAGGUGUGGGUGA